AUGAGCGAGAAGGAAAUACGUGAGCAGGCGCAGUCGUGCUUCGUGUGCAAGAACGGCAACGCGGUGCUCACGAAUCCAGAAAACAAGGACGAAGUGCACGAGUUUGGAUUUGAUCUUGUGUACGGCACCGACACGGAGCAGCGAAUCGUGUAUGAAGACUUUGGCCGGCCGGUGCUUGAGCGCGCAUUUGGCGGAUACAAUGGCACGAUAUUUGCAUACGGUCAAACGGGAAGCGGAAAGACGUUCAGCAUGACGGGGAUUCACGGGAACGAGUCAUUGGAGGGGUUGAUUCCACGCAUGAACAAGUCGCUCUUUGAGAAAAUCCAGAUGGAGAAAGCAAAUGACCCGAACAAGUUGUUCCUGGUCGAGUGCUCGUUCUUCGAAAUCUACAACGAAAUCAUCUACGACCUGUUGGACUCGAGUUCGGCCAAAGACAAGAAGAACAAGGGCCUGGAAAUCAAGGAGCACAGCGUACUGGGGAUUUACGUCAAGGAUCUCCAGGAGCGAGUCGUCGAGUCGCGCGAAGAAGUGAUUGAGCUGAUGGCCCUCGGCGCGUCGAAUCGAACGGUGGGGUACACCAACAUGAACUCGGAGAGUUCGCGGUCGCACUCGAUCUUUGUCAUCAAAAUCCAUCAAAAAGACUCGAGCGACGAGUCGAAGAACGUGUUUGCCAAGGUGAAUCUUGUGGAUUUGGCCGGGUCCGAGCGGGCCGCGGGCACGGGGGCAGUCGGAAGUCGACUAAAAGAAGGCGCCAACAUCAACAAGUCGCUCAGUGCGCUCGGAAACGUGAUCAAUGCGCUCGUGGAAGACGCCCGGACCGGCAAAAAAUCGUUCAUUCCGUAUCGAAACUCCAAGCUCACCCGCGUGUUGCAGGAAUCUCUCGGGGGCAACAGUUUGUGCUCGAUGCUGGCAACGCUGUCGCCGGCAAACAUCAAUUUUGUCGAGACGCUUGGGACGCUAAAGUACGCGAGUCGCGCCAAGUCCAUCAAAGUAAAUGCGAAAAAGAACGAAGAGGCGUCGCAGAUCUCCCAGCUCAGCGAAGAGAUUGCUGCACUCAAAAAGAAGCUGUCCGAGCAGGCGGAGAGCGGCCUGGAUCCGCGGGAAAAGAAUGAAAUCGUCGCCAAGUACGAAAAGCAGAUCCAGGAAAUUGACGCCGUCCGCAUGCAAACGUGGGAGGACAAGGCGCGAUUGAGCAAACAGCACGAAAUGGAGCGGAAGAAACUCGCCAAGGAGCGCGCGCGGGCCGACCAAAAAACGCAGGAAGAAAAAGUGAAAAAGUGGAAGCUCCUCGAAGCCAAGGCCGACAUUGAGCUCGCGAUCCGCGCGACGCGGGAGCUCGACGUUGGCGACGAUGCGUGGAUUAGCAUGACAACCAAAGUUAAGGUCCGUGUGUUCGAGUCGAUGUGGCCGCCUCAGGUUGACAUGCAGGCGCUGGAUCAAGACGUGAAAGACGCCCGGACGCUCAUUUGCGUUUUCAAGGACUCGUUCGAUAAGGACGUGGCAUCGUGGAAAGCAAUGCAGCAAAGCGCGGACGAGCCCGACGACGCGUCGGCAGGUCAUACAACUGCAUCGCAGUUGUGCACAAAAAUCAAAAACAUUCAGGAAGAGAGUGCCAAAAUGAUGGCAUUGGAAAGCGAAUUGCUGCGGCAAACUAGCGCGCUGAUCGAUUCCGUUUGUGAUGAGGCGGAGAAGCUGUCGUCGACACCAGCCCCUACCGCGAAAGAGCAGAAGCAGUUGCUCGAAGAUCGGGACAAAGCGCUCGCGAUCACGAGGGCCAUGGUGCGGACGUACCGAACUGCAUUGGUCACCACGCUUAAGGCGGAACGAAAGCGAAUACUCAAUGUACGUGAGUCCGACUACCGAUACCCUACUUCAUUUACGGACGCGUCCAUGGUAAUGCUGGCCGAGCUUCAAACUCAAAUUGACAGCCCGCACGUCGAUGAAGACCGGAAGAAACCACGAGUGUUGGCGACCAAAUCGCUGGCAAAGGCAGUGGAAACAUGCUCCAAGCUCGUGGCCACAAUGCCUUCGGUAGAUGCCCCGCGGAUUCAAAUUCCCAAGGGCGAGCUGCAUGCAUUUGGCGUCGAGACCAAGAUCAUCGGAGACGACAAACUAACAGCGUCGAGUGGCGAUGCCAAGCAGGCGCGGCUCAACGGCCAAACUUGUUGGAUUGCUACGGCGGAAGAUGCGGCUCCGUGGCUCAAAGUUGACCUGGGAAGUGUCAAGUUUGUCGAUUCGUUCCAACUCCAAGGGGGAAUUGUCGGCGGGUCGACCGUUCUCAGCGAGAUGCCGCUCGUGCUGACAAAAGCAAACAUGGAAAGCAUUGCCAAGCAAUAUGACCCUGCCAGUGUCACUGGGGACCACCAACAAACGUACGAUAUCGCCAAGCAUGUCCUGUCCUGGGUCGGGCUUCUGAAAACAACGCAAGUCCCGACCAAAUUGUUUAGUCGUCCGCCCGUUCGAUUUCUCCACGACGUGAUCUCGUUGGUUGUGUCGAAUACAGGGUACGGCGCGGGGCUCUUCACGGAGAAAGAAAAAGACUACACGCAGCUCACGGAGAAGAAAGACAAAGCAGAUUACUUGGUCAAAGUGCUGCAACUCGUCGCAUCCAGCUUCCAAGGGACCGUCGAAAUUAAAGCCACGGACGCCAACAUCCUCGCGGGCAAGGAGCCCGAGCAUACCAUGCAAUUUCUCGCGCUCUUUUGCUUGGGAGCGAUUCGCCAUCUCGCUACAACGUUGCCAGCGACGACUCAGGACGGCGUCCCCGCGAUGGUCACGCCACAGCCCGUUGAAGCCCCACAAGCUUGGGUGACAGAAUUGGAUGUUGCAGUCAGCGUAGACGGCGACACGUGGACGAAGCCACUUCCAUCAGGAUCGGCGAACGCCAGCACGGAUGUCUUCACGGCUGUGUCUACUAAAUUGCCGCAGCCGACCGUCGCUCGGUUUGUCAAGUUUAUCCCGACGAAAUGGAACGUGGCCGCGGCGAUUCGAUGCGAGGUGCUGGGAUUCAAACUCACAGAGAAGGACGAGUCCCUGGCACAAGUCCAAGACGAAGUCGUGCACUACCUCGGUCUCCUCACCACGCUCUUUUCAGCUGGAGAGCUCAUUUUGGACGAAGCCCGGAUCAAGUGGAAGAAAGCCAAGGACAUGCAGCGUGAAAAACAGACCGAGCUCAAGAAUAUGGACGCGUGGAAACACCAAGUCGCUGCGCUCAAAUCCGACAUGGAUAUGGCCAACAACGCACUGGAGAAGUCGAAGGCGGACAAGUUGGACAUGGACAAGCUGCUGGCAACGACCAACGCCAAGCUCGACGCAGCGGCGUCCACGUGCACGUUGCUGGAAGAUCAAAACAAAAAGACGAGAGCGAGCUUGGAGACAAUCACUGCUCAACUGAGCGACACGACGAAGGAGGCAGCUUCAUGGAAGCAACAGCAUGGUCAAGUCACAGAACAUCUCAAGUCGAUGAGUCAAUCCAAAGCCGAUUUGGAAAAGCUCGUCGAAACGUUGCGGAGUCAGCUGACGUCAAAGAGCGCGUCCGACGGCCUGACAGAUUCGAAAAUGGCGACACUCUCCGCCGAUUUGCAGGCGACAUUGAUUCAACUGGACGAGGCGAAGCGGACGUUGCAACAAAGUGACAAGGCGCUCGCCGAUGGCCAAGCCGAGCGAGAUGCACUGCAAACGCAGCUCAGCCAAGCUCGUGCCGCACUGGCGGCAAAGGACGAAGCGGUGGAAGCAUUGGAAUCCAAACACAAGUCCCAGAUGACCGAUUCCAGUACCCAACUGGAUGUUGUCCAGUCCGCAUUGACCGAAGCGGUCAACAAACAACGGGAUUUGGACGCGCAGCUACAAAAAGCCGUCGCGAGCGCCGCAACGAUGCAAACCGAAUUGGAACAAGCCAAGAAGCGCGAGGUGGACAGCAACCAAAUCGAGGUCAAGAGGCUCCACGACGAAGCAGUCGAGAGCGAGAAGCGCGUGUUUCAAUUGCAGGCGCAACAAGUUCGUCUCCAAGCCGACAACGAGCGACUCGAAGCAAAGUAUGCAUCGGUGGAAGACAAAGUCAAGGGACUCGAGGCCAAACAAGUCGAGUAUAUCCAAGAGCUGGAAACCCUCCAGAGAGAACGCAAGCAGUUGAUCGAACAGGAAGAAGAGCUGCAGCUGCAGCUCCAAGUUGUCACGGAUGAACGCGAUUCGGCUCGCCAAAAGGAAGAGCAACUGUUUGUCGAAAAUGCCGAGAAGGAGCAAGAGAUCGAGCGAAUUCGAGAUGGCUAUGUGUGGGUGACAGACCGGAUGAACAACAAGGAAGAUGAGUUGGCCGAACUCCAAGACCAAGUCGAAAAGUACCAGAGCCUGCUCAAGCUUGCUGGAGAGAGGCCGUCCACCGCCUCGUCGUCCACUCCAACGACGGAUCAGUUCGCUGGACUGUACAAAGCUGCAUUUGGCAAAGAUGUGGACGGGGGGGCGAAGCCUUCGGAUAUAAAGAAUCAGCUCUUGCAAUGGAUCUUGGACCAAAAGGAAAACAGACCAACCAAGGACACCGACCAAUCCAAGCAAUCGUCGGCGGCCACCGGAAGGGCGACCAAUGCCCCACAGUCAAGUCAGGGUCAACCGGCGAUGACAACCAACGACGCAAACGCGCCAGCAAGACCUGAGCCAAAUCCUCAUGUGGCAUGCACCCCUCUUCCUGACGCAAAACCAUCAGCCAAAGUCGCAGCACCCCCCAAGGAAAGUUCUCCAGAUAUGUCGAGCGCGGUCCGUUCAUCGUUGGAAGUGGAAGAGUCCAUGCCGCAUGGAGCAAGAGACCCAAAAGGGCCAAGUAUGUCAGCAGGAAUCGUAGCAACCCACCCGCCACAAAAGGCAGCCCACCCACCAGCCACAUCUGCGAGAGAAGACACUGAUGCGAAGAUGCAUCAUCGUCCGGCGUCAUCGGACGAUGCCAAACCCAAUCCACCAAAGCAAGCCGGCACACCAACCGCUACAGACACAUCUCGGCCAGCUGAAGGUUCCGCGUCGGGCGGUCGUGGCAAAAUCGAGUCUAACGCGCGUCAAGAGUCUAUCGACGAUCUUGUUCCAGCCAUGGACACGUCAAUGACAAAUGGCGGCAUGGAGUCGACUGAAGUUGCAGAGGUUAACGAGUACGACGACGAUUUCGACGCAGAUGACGAUGAAAAUCCCGUCCGACGAGGCAAGUCGAAGCGGCGAAGUGUGGACAAAUCAGCUGCCCCGAUCGAACCCGUGUCGGCGAAAACGAUAGCACAGAACGCGCCAUCGGGAGUUGCGCCGACCGCCCCUGCAAAGAAAUAG